AUGGCGGAGGCGGCAGAGGGUGCCAGUGAUGCAACGGAUGAAUACCUUUUGGAAAAACUGAAGGUGAAAGAAACCAGCUGGCUUGGGAUCUGCGAGACUAAACCAGCGCAUUUCGUCACCGGUUCAGAAGAUUUAAUUACACCUUCUGUUACUUGCGAACCACCUCAGAGUUCAUCGUGUCAGCUCAAAGCCUCCGUAUCUUUUGCUCAACCAUUCUCCUCUCAUUUUGAAAAUACACCAAGAGAACUGGUUGAUAACGUUCUGGAGGAAUUGGAGCUUUGCGUAACGUUGCUGGAAGCCUGGCCUGGAGAGGGACAGGGUGAUGCUGGAUUUGAGUUGCCCCGGCGUUGGAAGUUGAAGCAGCGCUCACUCUUUCCUGUACGGGUGAAAGAUUUUUCUGUGGACGCUCCCUUUCAGCAGCACAGUAAUUUGAACACGGCUUUAGAAAGUCAGUACAGUGGAGACCACGCGGUCGUUUUCCCAGGAGAAUACGAGGCUGUAAACUUAUCCCUCUUAACUAAAGACAUUAUUAUACUUGGAACCGGAAAACCAGAAGAACCCGUGGUUGUUUCUGAACCCCCUCACGAGAGCUCUGUGGUGUCAAAAGCCCAAGAGACAAAACUAACGCACCUUAGGUCGGUACAGCAGAGAACAGGCAAUGGUGUCGUGGCUGCCAAAUCUGGGUCGGCGCUCCCUGGGGCUCCUCUGAGCAUCACAGAUAGCGAGAUUACUGGAGCUUGGGGCUCUGGUGUUGAGCUGUACCCAAGAAGCACAGCUAUCUUAGAGAGUUACAAAAUUCAUCGCUGCAAUAGGACCAGAACCAGUGAGACCUCACAUCACAGCCAGGGUGGCAUUAAUGUUAAGGUUGUUCCUGAACCCAAACUGGAAAAGAAAAAUAAUCACAUUUUCAGUAAUGGUGACGGAGUGACCAUUCUUCAAUCUACAGAAAAGCCUACAUCAGCAGAAAGGAUUGUGGAGUUUACUGCAUCAGACCAUGCAAAAGAUGAUACAUGCUUCAACUUAAUCCCGGAUUUAAAUUUGGAGAUGAAUACCAAUGCACUUGAUGAUAUCAAAGAUAGCUCUGUAGUUCAUAGGUGGAUAUCUAAGCUUCAUGUGGCAUUUGGCUUUUAG